GCUUGACCAAUAAAAGCGCAGCCGAGCAGUUCGAGAGCUUGCCGCCGUCGCUUCUGCCUCGCCGCUCCCGACUUGACUGACUUGACCUGAGCGCCUCGAGGUGACAGCUCGACCCGGCCGAAAGGAUUGGACUCGGGGGUCGGCUUGGCCGGCGAGCGGAGGGCAAAGAUGCUGUUUUGGCACACGCAGCCGGAGCAUUACAACCAGCACUCGACGGGCAGCUACUUGCGUGAUGUGCUUGCUUUGCCAUUCUUUAAACAAGAAGAGCCUCAACUUUCCCCUGAGAAUGAUGCAAAACUCCCUCCAUUUCAAUAUGUGCUCUGUGCAGCAACAUCUCCUGCCAUAAAGCUUCAUGAAGAGACUCUGACUUAUCUCAACCAAGGUCAGUCAUAUGAAAUCCGUCUACUUGAGAAUAGGAAAUUGGGAGAGUUUCAAGAUUUAAGCACAAAAUAUGUAAAGAGCAUUAUUCGGGUAGUUUUUCAUGAUCGGCGUUUGCAAUAUACUGAGCACCAACAGCUAGAAGGCUGGAGAUGGAAUCGGCCUGGAGACCGCAUUCUUGACAUAGAUAUCCCACUGUCCGUUGGUAUCUUAGAUCCCAGAGCAAGUCCCACCCAGCUGAAUACAGUUGAAUUUCUAUGGGAUCCAUCUAAGAGAGCAUCUGCAUUUAUUCAGGUGCAUUGUAUUAGUACGGAAUUUACUCCAAGGAAACAUGGAGGAGAGAAAGGGGUACCGUUCCGAAUACAAAUGGAUACGUUUAAACAGAAUGAAAAUGGGGAGUAUACAGAACACUUGCAUUCUGCCAGCUGCCAGAUCAAAGUAUUUAAGCCUAAAGGAGCAGAUAGGAAACAGAAAACAGACAGAGAAAAAAUGGAGAAGAAAACCACUCAAGAAAGGGAGAAAUAUCAGCCUUCCUAUGAUACAACCAUUCUCACUGAGUGUUCCCCAUGGCCAGAUGUGCCUUAUCAAGUGAACAACACUCCAUCUCCCAAUUACAACAGCUCUCCAAACAGUUUCAGCCUUGGAGAUGGCAACAGUUCUCCAACUCAUCAGGUGGAGCUCCUGCCUUCCAGCAAUGAUCAUCUCCUUCCCUCUGCUUCUAUUCAAGAUGCUCAGCAGUGGCUUCAUCGAAAUAGGUUUUCUCAGUUCUGUAGACUAUUUUCAAGUUUCUCAGGUGCCGACUUACUGAAGAUGUCCAAAGAAGACUUUGUUCAGAUUUGUGGCCCAGCUGAUGGCAUUCGACUUUUUAAUGCCAUUAAAGGAAGGAAUGUAAGGCCUAAGAUGACCAUUUAUGUCUGUCAAGAGCAAAAUCGGACUCAUCAUCAUCAAAAACGAGAGAAUGGAGAUGAUACUCUUUGUAUAUACCAUGCUAUCUUCUUAGAAGAGUUAACGACACUGGAGUUGAUGGAGAAGAUUGCAAACUUGUACAGUAUUUCCCCACAGCAGAUAAACCGGAUCUAUCGGCAGGGACCUACAGGGAUCCAUGUAUUAGUGAGCAAUGAGAUGGUACAAAACUUUCAAGACGAAUCUUGUUUCCUCAUUUCUACAUUGAAAGCUGAAAGUAACGAUGGCUACCAUAUCAUUCUGAAAUGACCCACUUCUCUGUAUAUUUGGACUUGGAUCGGCUGCACAAUACGGCAUCUUAUUCACUCUCCUGCAACUCAGUCUGUAAAGAUAGAAAAUCCACUGGAUUAAAAAAACAAAAACACCUCUUAUUUACUAAAUGUCCUAACAAGAAGAUUAAAGUGUGUAGUUUUUGGAGACUUGAGGAUCACAUAAUGCCUUCGCUUUGUUACUGAUCCAGUUAUAGUUUGAUUCAAGUGCCUUGUUAAGGAAGUCUUGAAAUGAGCAGAUGGAAUAAGCUGAUACAAUAAACCAUCAGGUUUUGGAAUUCAUCUUGGAUGUGAAUUUGAAAUUAACUGGGCUUAUUCUACUGUCUCCUCUCUUUCCAGAUGGUUAGAGGAAGUUAAUUGCAGGCUUUUAUAACUGAUUUGUACUGCUUUUCCCCUUAAAGCAGUAUUUUUUUAAUACUGCUUUGGCAAUUUGAAGAUGUAUAGUGUUCAUCUGACAGAAUUCUCCAUACCAUCAAAUUGCCAAAGUUGAUAAACACUAUUUCAGACAAAGAAACUAUCUUCUAAGCUCAUCAUGAGAAAAAGCUUCUGCACUCUGUUCAUAUUAAUAAUGUUUUUUUUUACUUGUUUCCUGAUCUUUUAUACCUCCAGUUUCCAUUUUUAAACUUUUAAUUCAUUUCUUUUGUAAGGGCUUCAGACUUUAAACUAAAACCAGGACAAAUAGGGUCAGAUCUUACUUGCAGUUGAAUGAUGCCCCUUGUUACAUAAUUGCAUUAUGUUACAUAAUGCAACUUGACUUUCUUUCGGGUUUACUGCAUAAAUGAAAAGGGGCUGACUCUUGAGUGGGGAAAUGGGAGAUUGCAAGUUUGGCUUUCCCACCAUUACAACUAAGAGAACUGCAACACCCUCAUGGAACUGGGUGAGAUUUGACUUUGAAAGACAAUAAAAAUGGUUGCAUGUGUACAAAGCCUGCUGUUAAACAAAAACCUAGCCACACUCAAGGCUGGACACUAAGCUUUACUUUUAAGACAGUGAUAUGUUCAAGAAUAAUGUAAUUUUUCUGCAAAUAAAGUAAAAUGGCUCAAUUUACUGCAUAGGUAGAAAGCUACAAGUAUAAUCAGGAAUAUCUGGCUUUUGUGCCUUUGACUUAUAACAUGUGAAAAAACUCUUAUUUCUGUGGUUAUUCCAUAGCUCUGGUGGUAAUUCCAUGCCUUCAUCUCAAAGCUUUAAAGAGAGUGUUUGUUGGAUUUGCCACUUCUGUUUUUUCAUGCUUUCUAAUCUGGAACUGUAACCUAUGUACAUGCUUUGUAUGUGGAAUGUACAUGCUUUGAAUGUUAAAGUUCCUUCCAUAAGUAGUGUGGACUUUCACAUCUCUAGCUUUUAGAGUGGAGAGAAACAGAUCUUAUAUUGCUCCCACUUCUCUUAGAUAUUGCACAGAGUGGCACAGAAAUCACACGAAACUCGAUAUAUGUUUUAUAUGCAUUUAAGACAGACCCUUAUACUCUUGAAUGGGGCAGGUGUGCAGAAGUAGCUUCUGUAUAAAAUUGCUGGUUGGAUUAGAAACAUACAUAAAGAAAGCUAAUGUACAUCGAUCUCCUAUAUGAUUGUAUGAUAGGCCCUGGAUUGGGAAUGUGCACACAAAGGUAGAAAACAAUGGUUGAGAUGGCAGAUUAUAUGCAGCUGCAUCAUGCAACAUUUGAUUGAUAUCUUUUGAGUAAGUGCUCAUGACCAGAAUCCAUAUAUGUAGAGAUAACUUCUUAGACUAGAAGCUUGAUUUUUAUGGUGCAGUGGUUAGAAUACAAUACUACAGGCUACUUCUGCUGGCUGCCAGCUGCCUGCAAUUUGGCAGUUCGAAU